UUAGAAGAGUUCAAUACUCCAGCAGUGUGGCUACUAUUUGCUAAUACACUAGAAAAACACUUUUCUGUCCCAUUUCAGAUAACAUAGAAGGAGGUGCAGGGGAGAGGAAUGUUAAGUGUUGGAUUCUAGGCUGUCCCAACAGCCACAAAUUAAUUCUAGUCACAAUUUACCCCCAGCAGAUUCACACAGUGAGAAAUUCAUAAGACCCUAUUUACAUAUUUCAGUAUUAAAGCCCCAAGAACCAGGGUCAUUUGAUGGUAUUAAUAACAGUCCUAAAGAUUCUGACAGCAGUGACAUUUCAGAGAAAGAAAUGCCAGGACACCCACGCAUCAGAGAGAUCGACAUUUGACACUGCGCAUUGUUGGCGAUAUUCAGGUGCUAAUCAUUCCAUUUUUGUUUUCCUUCUACCAUAUGCAUUUUUUGAGAUUGGUUUGCAUCUCUUUACCAUCAGAGCUACUUGGUUUUGCUUAUUACUAACUCCUUUAUCACUAUGAGGUCCACACCAGGGCUAUUUAAAUACUUGAAAGAGGAACAAUUAAACCCUCUGCUGAAACAUUAGUCUAGGAGGAGAUAUAAGGUUACUUCCUUCAGUAACACACUCCGCUACAUAGUCAGGUGAAGAUUGUCUCUGUAGAGGCUUCCGGAUGUGGUUAUAGUAAACAUGGACUGUGCAAGCUUGUGCUGAAGGAGGACGAGGGGAUGGACUUAAAAUCUUGAAAUAGAGUGUUUGGAAGAGCUGACCUGGAGCAGAGCAUUGCCGAGUAUCUGAAAGAUGUCAACGACCCUCGCUGCUGCUCGGAGACCUUGGGGAUGACCUGCACCCACUAGCAUGCCUGGAUGGUUCAAAAAGGCGUGGUAUGGGCUGGCGUCUUUACUCAGCUUCUCCUCCUUCAUCCUGAUCAUCGUUGCCCUGGUAGUGCCCCACUGGCUGAGUGGAAAAAUCCUUUGUCAGACUGGAGUGGAUCUGGUCAACGCCACAGACAGAGAGCUGGUCAAGUUCAUUGGGGACAUUUACUACGGGCUCUUCCAAGGGUGUAAGGUGCGGCAGUGUGGGCUUGGGAGCCGCCAGUCCCAAUUCACGAUCUUUCCACACCUGGUGAAGGAGCUCAAUGCAGGCCUUCAUGUGAUGAUUCUGCUGCUCCUCUUCCUGGCCUUGGCCCUGGCUCUGGUCAGCAUGGGCUUUGCCAUUCUCAACAUGAUCCAGGUCCCAUACCGGGCAGUCAACGGUCCUGGGGGUAUCUGCCUAUGGAAUGUCCUGGCAGGUGGAGUCGUGGCGUUAGCCAUAGGCAGCUUCAUGGCUGCGGUGAAAUUUCAUGACCUGACAGAACGAAUCGCCAACUUUCAGGAGAAGCUCUUCCAGUUUGUGGUGCUGGAAGAACAGUACGAAGAGUCGUUUUGGAUCUGCGUGGCCAGCGCGUCGGCCCACGCCGCAAACUUGGUCGUGGUGGCGAUCAGUCAUAUUCCCCUCCCUGAGAUUAAGACCAAGAUCGAAGAGGCCACUGUCACGGCUGAGGAUAUCUUGUAUUAAUAGCCUUCCCCUGUCCACACCCUGGCCUAAGUCAGUUCUGUGUAUGAACGGAGUCCUCGUGUUUUUGCAGCCUUCCCACUCCGUCAUGGCCAUGUUCUCAGCAGUAAGAAAAAGGAUAUGAAAGACCAAAGCUGUUGCCUGGGCCAGAAAAGAAAAACUUGCCCGAGAUCCCCAGCGUUCUUGCAUUUCUCUCUCAUGACGUUGGAGUUCCAGUUGCAGCUGGAGACUCUGCCACUUGCCAGCUUAAGCAUAGUAACAACUUCCCAAGGCCGUUGUGAAGUUUAAAUGGGUGAUAAUAUUGCCAGAUUCUGCAUUCUGUAGAGCACUUGACAAAUAUAAGAUACUACAGACUCCAGUAAGUGUCUGUAGAUCCCUGGUCAAUUCCAUACAAUAUUGGGCUGGUGAGUGGGGAAGAAUUCUCAGAGGAUAUGAUACUGUUCCUGUUCCUGCCCUCCAGAAACACCUAAUCUUUCCGCAUGACAUAGCACUCAGCAACGGUAACACUAAGAAUGAAAAUAACUGCCAUUUUUUGAGUGGUUACUAUGUGCAAGACACUGUUCUCACUCAUUUAUUAACUCAUCAGGUCCUAAUGGCAAAAACAGCAAUUACUUUUGCACCAACCUGAUAAUAGAACAGCCAUAAUGGACCAAGGAGGGAAUUAAAUCUUGGGGAUGGGAUGUGGUAUUAAAGAAAGCAACACAGUGUGAACAUUUGAUCUGAGCUUUGAAAGAUGAGUAGAUUUUUCCAGUGGUGAAGGAAGCAAGGUUGGAGAAGGGCAUUCCAGGAUGCAUCAGUAAGGAGGCUGGGCAUAGGGUGUGAAAUUACAAGGAGGGGCCGGGCAUGGUGGCUCAUGCCUGUAAUCCCAGCACUUUGGGAGGUGGAGGCAG